AUGGCGGCAGCCCUGAAACGAUUCUAUCGAGGCGACAAUGCCGUGAGGGACCACGAGCUUGAGAUCUUUCGCCAGUGUAGCGACAAGAUUGGAAAGAUCCUUCGAUUGACGAGCAACUCUGAAGCGAAUGUCACUGAACUUCGCCAGUUGAGUCUUUCCAAAGGAGGGCUCUUCAAUGGGCCCAUGAGGCGUUGGGCAUGGCCGGCCCUCCUUCAGGUCCCAACUGAGGGAUCCGAUGCCACGGCUCCUGCUCUCUCGCGAGACGAUCUGGAUCUAAUUGAGAAAGAUGUGCAGCGCUCCGGCCUCUUUCGGUCUCGAGCAGUAGAGGGGUGCAUCGCAAGGGGAGAACAGCAAUCAGAUCUGUUGCAAACCAAACUCAUCUCGGUUCUUAGCGCGGCGGUAUCGUCGCCUCUUGCCACUGGCGAAGACGAACCGUGCUACUACCAAGGACUUCAUGAUAUUGCUUUCAUCUUGCUCGUCAACCUGAACUACGAUGAAGACAAGACCACACGUGCCCUGCGGAAGCUCAUGCAGUCUCAUCUACAAGACGCCACUAAGAAAGACUUCAGCAACAUCACCUUUGUGCUAGAUACGGUGCUGAUGCCUCUGAUCCAAUCGUUGGAUGAAGAAGUGUACAUGGCAUUGGUAGCGUCGGAUGUGCCGCUGACCAACGUUAUUCUCCCCUGGCUCAUUACUCUCUUUGCACAUCCCGUUCAAGACGAGUCGGUGGCAAGUCGGCUGAUGGACGCCUUUGUGGCGAACGGGCAUCCUAUGCUGCCGUUCUACGUUGCGGUGGCUCUGUUGACCCACCCAUCGCUCAGGAGUCAGAUCCUUGCUGCUUCCUGUGAUCCUGCCAUGAUGCACAUGGCAAUCCAGGCUUUGCCAAGCCAACUGAAGAAUGACCUCGAGAUGUCGGGCGGAGGCAAAGGAGGCAUCACCGCCCAGGACAUCAUAGAUUUGUCCUUGUCCAUCAUGCAAGAAAAGACACCUGAAUCACUACUUCAGUUCAUCGGCAUGGGUCUUGGGCAGCGCUCUCGUCGGCGUCUUUUGAAAAAGGCUCGCUGCAUCUCGAUGCUCGGGAUCCCAGCGAGACAGUCAAGGCUAAGUGCACAAGCGGAUCUGUUCUGGAAGACGCAGGCACAGGUACGAUCCAAUGCCAAGGUUCGUCUGGGUCAGCUCUACGCCGAUGCACCUGCCAUUUACGAGACGGCACUAUCCAGGGGAGAGAAAGCUUUGGUGGAGUGCCACAAGAUGUUGGUGCCAUCGAAGCAAACUCUACUGGUUCUACAGGUGAUCACUACCCUGGUCAUAUUGUUGCCUCAUCACUACGUGGGUCAGUUCUACUGUUUGGUGCAGCUUGCUAUGGGCUUCUGUACAACCGCAUUAGCCUCGUUCAGUUGGUUUCCUGCAUCGACUGAUGUGAAUGACACGAAGAAGCUGACCAACCACUACUACAGUGACACCUACGAUGAUGAGGUGCCAGGAGUGGUCAUGGUGAAGUCCCCGUCCAUGACGUCCCUCUGUGAUCUACCAGGAGUGCUCAUGGUGAAGUCCCCGUCCACGACGUCCCUCUGUGAUCAUGAGUUUGCAUGCUGA